GAACAGUAUUAGUGAACGUGGACUCGUUAGUGCUAUGCCGUUAACUUGGCACUGCCCUGUUUGUUUCAAAUAGCGUCUACUAGGGAUUGGUUCAAAUACCUGCUUGCCGUCAUACGACUUGAUCCUCCCAUAAUAUGGAUAUCGUGGGCUGGCACGCUCAGCGCAAAGCCCAUAAGGAAGCGCGUCAAUUUUCUGACCCUCAAAGAGGGUCAGACGGGAGGUAUCCGCCUGCAAAUGAUAUUGAUCCACUUCCUGAUGGGAGCGGGCUCGCUCAGGCUGGUAGCUUUGGUGUACCACCCUCGACAUCCCCGAUUCCUGAUACACCGCCUUCUGUUCCCCCAAAAUAUUUCAAUGAAGGGUUUGCCCACAAUGCGCACACUUCUGUUAGUUCUAUGGAGCGGUUAGUGUCUGGUAGCUCCAGCCUCUCUUUGGCUCAGAUGCCUGCAGUGGAACGCUCCAGAGCACAGAGGCUCGCCAGAAUGGAACCCCACCUUCAGUUUAUGGUCGGGCCCCUUUUGCGAUACGACACAGUUGACGAAAACGGUCUUUGGCGAGGUGCAGCUCUUAUCGUCACCGCAGAUUCAGGAUCAUCCUAUGAGCCAUUUCCAGUCUUAACAUAUCAGUGGGAUCCUGAGGAGAUUGCCCGACCUUCUUCAAAGACGCGGAGUUCUCAUUCGCUUUAUGAACUUGGCCCGCACCCCGCGGAUCCUCACACCACUGCAAUGGCCGGACCACCAGCGCACUUACCUGCCGUAGACGAGGCAUACCCGGGCGACUACAAGGGAAAAGGAAACACGAGGGAUGAUCAAACCCAGCAUGUAACUGGUCAGGAGAUUUAUGUCUAUGCAGGGAAUGGAGGCACCUUUACGUUUUGGCGUUUCCCCAUCCAGAUACAACUGGGUGUCAAUGAAAUUAACAUCAAGUAUAAUAUCAAUGGUGGCAUGCAAUUGUCUUUCUUCGUGCCUGCUCGUCAUCAGAACAUGCGCUGGGCAGCCCAUUCGUGCAACGGUUUCAGCGCUGGUGUAAAUCCGGAUGACUUCAGAGGACCAGGGUUUAAGAGUGGUUAUGAUCCUAUGUGGGUUGAUCUCUUGCGGAAGCAUGUCGAGCGACCAUUUCAUGUCCUUGUGGGAGGAGGCGAUCAGUUAUACUGUGACUCGUUGACUCGAGAGCCCGAAAUACAAGAAUGGAUCUUGGCAAAGCCUUCCACGAAGAAAAAUUUCCCUUUGACUGGUGAAAUUGCCUCGUGCAUUGAUCGGUUUUUCUUCAAUCACUACUGCAGCUCCUUCAGAAUGGGAGCGUUUGCGAGGGCUAACAGUUCGAUUCCAAUGUUGAAUAUGUGUGAUUUGAUCGAUGGGUUCGGGAGCUACCCUGAAGAGCUUCAACAGUCUCCCGUGUUCAAGCAUAUUGGAGUGCGAGGCUACUUUUUCUAUUUGCUUUUUCAAUGCUUCAUCAAUCCUCAUUACGAUAACUUGGACGAUAGAACAGGGAAGCACAUGUUCAAGUCACUUAUUUUGGGGGCUCAAGGUCCUUAUAUUGGUUUACCGUCACAUUCGUUUUUGUCUUACCUGGGGCCCGAUGUGUAUAUUCUCAUGCUGGACUGUCGCGCCGAGAGAAAAAGGAGCCAGGUCUGCAGCGCGUUUGAGUACCAAAAGGCUUUUGAACGAAUCAGAUAUUUACCUCCGGACGUAAAACAUCUCGUUGUGCAACUCGGAAUCCCUAUUGCGUAUCCACGAAUGGUUUUCCUUGAAACUGCGCUAGACUCCAAGUUGAAUCCCUUGACUGCUCUUGGACGCAGCGGAACCGCGGGGUUCAGUAGUUUUGUGAACAAAUUUAACGCAGACGCUGAGUUACUGGAUGAUUUGAAUGACCACUGGACCGCGAAGUCUCACAAGAAAGAGCGCAACUGGUUCAUUCAACAGAUGCAAGGAAUAGCAAGGAUGAAAAGUUUACGUAUUUCGUUUCUUUCUGGCGAUGUCCACUGCGCCGCCGUAGGGGUUCUUAAAACACUGGUCCGCAGCAACGGAGGAAAGAACAACCGUACGAUUGAUGUUCCACCCGAAACCGAUUAUAGAUACAUGCUCAACGUGGUGACAAGUAUGCCACCGAAUGGAGUGAUCGCCAUGGUAUCUACUUUGGCGACUAAGACUCAUAGAACGCUGCAUCACGCAGAAACUGAUGAAUCCAUGCUUCCUGUUUUUACGAAGGAACCAAAUGGUAACAAUCGCCUCCAAAACAAGUAUAUAAUGGGGCGACGGAAUUGGUGUGCGGUCUCGUGCGAUCCUGAGACACAGGAGUUGGAAUUCGACAUUCGUGUCGAGAUGGAGAAAGGGAUUGGUGUCAGCGUUGGAUAUCCAGUCCGAAGUCCUCCUCCCAAGUGGUUUCCUGGAACGUGACGCUUAGUAUUUCUAGAUCUCACCAUUGCUUUUAUGACAUCAUUCCGUAUUCUUUAAGCUGAACUGUAUCGCUAACGCAUAAUUUUUUGGUCUUACUUGAACUGUUUCAAUACCUUUCAAAUUGCGAUGUAAUGCCAUUAUACCCACGUGCACGAUAUUUCCUCAAGUC